CCGCUUCCGGUGAGCCUGAGGUCCGCCCUCUGUAAAAUGGGUUUGCUGGAGAGCUGUUGAUUAUGUUGACUCACACGUGUUAAGGGCUUUUUGUUUUGUUUUUCAAGAGACUUAAAUCAAAUACGCGUUUAUCGCCCUCCUUGUUUAAUGUGAGUUCGCUCAGUUUCUGGCAGACUCGUCUGGACUCUUCUAUCGUUUGUGUUUGUUCGUUUAUAAACUCCAUCAGCAGCGCUAGCAGCUAACAGUAACACACCGGUCUGCUCUCAUCUAAGGGUCACUGCACACUGAAAUGUGACAAGAGCUGAGUUUACACAGACACUAAACCUGCCCUUGAACUCAGCAAACCGGAUUUCUCUCAUUUACGCGCUUUUCCUCCACGAAACCGUCAUGGGAGCUUACUUGUCUCAGCCCAACACGGAGAAGACCACAGGCGACGGCGGGAGCGAGAGCAUGAGCUUCGGCUUCGCGGCCAUGCAGGGCUGGAGGGUGUCUAUGGAGGACGCGCACAACUGCAUCCCGGAGCUGGAUGAGGAAACCGCGAUGUUUGCGGUCUAUGAUGGUCAUGGAGGUGAAGAGGUGGCUUUGUAUUGCUCCAAGUAUUUACCUGACAUCAUUAAAGAGCAGAAGGCGUAUAAGGAUGGCAAACUGCAAAAGGCUCUGGAAGAUGCGUUCCUGGCUAUAGAUGCCCGGAUCACCACACAGGAAGUCAUCAAGGAACUGGUUCAGAUAGCUGGACGCCCUCAGGGUGAAGCCGAAAAAGUAGCGGAUGAAGAUGAUGUUGAUAAUGAAGAAGCAGCUCUGCUGCAUGAAGAGGCCACCAUGACAAUUGAGGAGCUGCUUAGCCGCUUCGGACAGAACCAAAACAAAAAUGCCAAAAAGCCGUCUCCGGGUGCCUCUAAAGAGUCUGAUGAUGAAGAGAGGUCUCAUGCUGAGAAGGCAGUCAAUGGUGAGACGGGAAGCAGGGCGUCUGAAGCUGACAGCAAUGGGAAGGAGAAGGCAGCCGGUGCUGGAGAUGCAGCCGCAGGCUCCAAGAUGAGGGCCUGCAGACGGGCGGCUGCGUCUGCUUCUGAUGCUGGUCCUUCCUGCUCCUCGUCUGCAGCUCCUGCUCCAGGAAGUGCCAAGUCCAAGUUCUUCGAGGACAGUGAAGAGUCCGAGGAGGGAGAAGAUGAGGAGGAGGGUAGUGAGGAAGAGGACUGCAGUGAGGAGGACGAUGAGAACAGCAGUGAGAACGAUGAAGAGGAUGACACAGAAGAGGGAGAGGAAGAGGAUACCGAUGAAGAGGAGGAAAUGUGCUUGCCAGGCAUGGACGGCAAAGAGGAGCCAGGUUCAGACAGUGGCACCACAGCUGUAGUUGCUCUUAUUCGUGGAAAGCAGCUCAUCGUGGCCAACGCUGGAGACUCCAGGUGUGUGGUGUCUGAAAAGGGAAAGGCGGUGGACAUGUCCUACGACCACAAGCCCGAGGACGAGCUGGAGCUGAGCAGGAUCAAGAAUGCUGGAGGGAAGGUGACGAUGGACGGCCGCGUCAACGGAGGCCUGAACCUCUCCAGAGCCAUUGGUGAUCACUUUUAUAAAAGGAACAAGGCUCUUCCCCCGGAGGAACAGAUGAUCUCUGCUCUACCUGAUGUCAAAGUGCUGACUCUCAACGAAGACCACCAGUUUAUGGUUAUCGCCUGUGAUGGCAUCUGGAAUGUGAUGAGCAGUCAAGAAGUGGUGGACUUUGUAAAUGAGAGGUUAAAAACUGAGGCUGGUCAAAACAGACCCCUGUCUGCCAUUAUUGAAGAGCUGCUGGACCACUGCUUGGCACCAGACACCUCGGGAGACGGCACAGGAUGUGACAACAUGACCUGUGUAAUCAUCACCUUCCCCCCACACCUCGGGAGCAACAGAGGCGAGAGCAGCAAGAAGCGGAAGCCGGAGGAAAGCGCAGAGGAGGAAAACGCCAACGACAGCAAAAAACCCAAAACUGAAUAGAAGUGCCGUUGUCAUCUUCAGGACACUUUCCCGUUUGAAUACAGACCACUGGGAACGUUUUAAGGAUCGCUCCACAAGAAAGAGCGUUUUAGUUUUAAACAAUUCAAAGACGCAAGCAACUAGAACUGUUAAACCCAGACCAUUUGUCCCGUAGUUGAUAAUUGAAUAAACAAAGCGCAGUAUGGUAGCAGAGAUGACACACGAGUCUGUCUCCUCCUCGUUUAUGUACAUAGUGUUUUUCCAAUAACGGUCAACUUUAUUUGAUUUCUCUUUCUUUAUUUAGUAGGGGAUCAUUGUCAGUAUUUGUGACCUUUUUUCUGAACUCCAAUAUGGUAUUGAUCAAAUGCAUUUUUUUUUAAAUAUAAUGUGAUGAAAGAUACUUGUCUAUAUUUUUCCUGAGGAAGCCAUCGCCUUCAAUAAUCGUGUUGAAAUGGUCUCUGAUGCUGAAUUACACGGACAUUCCUUUCUCCCUUGUUUCUUGUUAGUGAAGAACAUCUUUCUGUUUGCAUUGCUAUUGAUCCUAAUGUCAGUAAUAAAUCUUUUGUUUCCAUUAGAAGGUGAACAUUGGGAUCAAUACCUUAUUUGGAAGUAAUUCAGUAAAUUGCAGUUAUAGAGUAGAAAUCCUCACUGCAUACUAGGAGUUUUCUCAUUGUCCUCCGUCUUGAAGCAUCCAUCUAAUUCAUUAUACAACGUGUUCUGGAAUAUAUUUUGGUACUUUUUCAGAACAUCUUGGUGGGUUGUUCAGGGAAGCCAUUGCUCAGAACUACAACUUUUUCUGUAUUAAUAAACAAGUGGAGACAAGUACAGCAAAUAAGUUUUUCUUGUGGGGAAGGAAAUUUGGUGUCUGUCCACUGCUAUCUGUUGUUUGUGUGCUAAACAUUAAAUACUGCUCCAAAUACGAAGCACAGUCAUUGUACUACAGUGGUGACAUGCGUGUACUAGGCACAUUUUUCUAUAAUUAUACAUGCACAUUUUAAACUCAUAUUAGACUGAAUUUAAUAUUUUUACUUUCAAAGUUGUUAAAAAUAACCAUUCACAGCACUUGACCCCCCUCCCCCACAUAAAUUAACAUGUAUUAUUAAACAACUAUAAAUGGA